AUGCAUCUCCUGCAGCAGCGCUCAGUCGCUGUGUCCUCUUCAUCAGGCGUGAAAGACUGUUACCAUGGAAACGUGGCUCUUAGUUCAGCUAGCCUGGGGGUCAGGAUCCAGGAUGAGAGGCCAGACUCUACACCCAGCUGUGUGUCCAUGAAGAGUGACCAUUCAAUAGGUGGCCUGGUUGAUUUCAAAGACAGACACAAGUCUUUAAAGAACAGGAUCCAGGAUGAGAGGCCAGACUCUACACCCAGCUGUGUGUCCAUGAAGAGUGACCAUUCAAUAGGUGGCCUGGUUGAUUUCAAAGACAGACACAAGUCUUUAAAGAACAGGAUCCAGGAUGAGAGGCCAGACUCUACACCCAGCUGUGUGUCCAUGAAGAGUGACCAUUCAAUAGGUGGCCUGGUUGAUUUCAAAGACAGACAGACUUUGAACAACAGAAUCCAGGAUGAGAGGCCAGACUCUACACCCAGCUGUGUGUCCAUGAAGAGUGACCAUUCAAUAGGUGGCCUGGUUGAUUUUAAAGUUCAACACCGUGCAUUUGAAGAUAUAAAUAUAGACCACCAGGAGGGAUCAGAGGCUACCGGUCGUGAGCCUGCACAGAAGCAUCAAACAGACCUGGAGUCCACUUUCAGGCUGCUUGAGGAGACCGUCACCACGUUUGUGAGGAGUGAGCUGAAAAUCUUUCAACAGCUUCUUAGUCCAGGUGACACUGCAGAUUCAGAGGGUCAAGAGAGGAAGGAGGACAUGUUGGACCGAGAGGAGGAGGAGCACAGGAGGAGCAGCAGGGAAGCCCUUCUGAAGAUUAUACUGCACUUCCUGAGGAAGAUGAAGCAGGAGGAGCUGGCUGCCUCUCUGCAGAGCAGAGCUGUUGGUCCUCUAUGUCAACAAAAGCUCAAAUCUCACCUGAAAGGGAAGUUCCAGUGUUUUUUCGAGGGAAUUGCUAAAGCGGGAAACCCCACUCUGCUGAAUGAUAUUUACACAGAGCUUUACAUCACAGAGGGGUGGAGCGGGGAGGUCAAUGAUGAACACGAGAUCAGACAAAUUGAAACAACAUCCAGGAAACCGCCGAGGCCAGAAACUGUGAUCAAAUGUGAAGACAUCUUCCGACCCUUACCUGGCAGAGAUCAUCAGCCAAUCAGAACGGUGCUAACAAAGGGGGUGGCUGGCAUAGGGAAAACAGUCCUAACGCGUAAAUUCAGUCUGGACUGGGCUGAAGACAAAGCCAACCACAACAUCCAGUUCACAUUUCCCUUCACGUUCAGAGAGCUAAAUCUGCUGAGUGCAAAGAAGUACAGCUUGGUGGAACUUCUUCAUCACUUCUUUACUGAGACCAAAGAAGCAGAAAUUUGCAGCUUUGACAGGUUCAGUGUUGUGUUGAUCUUUGACGGUCUGGAUGAGUGUCGGCUUCCCCUGGACUUCCACAACAAUGAGAUCCUGACAGACGUUACAAAGCCAACCACAGUGGAUGUCCUGCUGACAAACCUCAUCACUGGGAAACUGCUUCCCUCUGCUCGCCUCUGGAUAACCACGCGACCUGCAGCAGCCAAUCAGAUCCCUCCUGAGUGUGUCGACAUGGUUACGGAGGUGAGAGGGUUCACUGACACCCAAAAGAACGAGUAUUUCAAGAAGAGAUUCGUAGAGGAGAAGCAGGCCAACACAGUCAUCUCCCACAUCAAGACGUCACGAAGCCUCCACAUCAUGUGCCACAUCCCGGUGUUUUGCUGGAUCACUGCUUCAGUUCUGGACAAUGCGUUGACAACAGAUGAAAAUCAGGAGUUACCCAAGACCCUGACGGAGAUGUACAUCCACUUCCUGCUGGUUCAGUCCAAACUGGGGAAUGUCAAGUAUCAUGGAGGAACUGAUACAGAUACACUGUGGAGCACCCAGACCUGCACCAUCAUCACGUCUCUGGGAAGACUGGCGUUUGAGCAUUUACAGAAAGGCAACUUGAUCUUCUAUGAAUCAGACCUGAUGGAGUGUGGCAUUGAUAUCAGGGCAGCCUCCGUCUACUCAGGGGUGUUCACACAGAUCUUUAAAGAGGAGUGCGGGCUGUACAAGGACAAGGUGUUCUGUUUUGUCCAUUUGAGUAUUCAGGAGUUUCUGGCUGCUCUCUAUGUCUUUGUGACAUUCAUCAACACUGGUGUCGACCUACUGUCAGAACCACGAUCAAGAUCCUGGUGGUGGUCUAAAUUGUUGACAUUCCGAUCAAAUGAAAAGACAGUCUUCCAGGCUGCUGUGGACAGAGCCUUACAGAGUCCAAAUGGACACCUGGACUUGUUCCUGCGCUUCCUUUUGGGUUUAUCACAGGAGACCAAUCAGACUCUUCUACUAGGCCUGUUGAAACAGACACAGUGUGGCUCAUAUGCCAAUCACAAGACAGUGCAGCACAUCAAGGACAAGAUCCAGGAGAAUCUGACUCUAGAGAGAUGCAUCAACCUGUUCCACUGUCUUAAUGAGCUGCAUGAUCAUUCUCUGGUGGAGGAGAUCCAGCAGUGCCUGAGUUCAGGAUGUCUGUCCACAGACAAACUGUCUCCUGCUCAGUGGUCAGCUCUGGUCUUCAUCUUACUGUCAUCAGAAAAGGACCUGGAUGUAUUUGACCUGAGGAAAUACUCUGCUUCUGCAGAUGGUCUUCUCAGGCUGCUACCUGUGAUCAACAUCUCCAAAAGAGCACAGCUGAAUGGCUGUAACUUGUCAGAGAGAAGCUGUGAAGUCCUGGCAUCAGUUCUUAGCUCCAAAACCUCCGUUCUACGAGAACUGGACCUGAGUGAUAACGAUCUGAAGGAUUCAGGAGUGAGUCUGCUCUCUGCUGGACUAAGGAGCCCACACUGUAGGCUGGAAACCCUGAGACUGUCAGGCUGUCUGAUCACUGAAGAAGGCUGUGCUGCCCUGGCCUCGGCUCUGAGAUGUAACCCUUCCCAUCUGAGAGAGCUGGAUCUGAGCUACAAUCAUCCAGGUGACCAAGGCAGGACGCUGCUUUCAGCCGUCCUAGAGGAUCCACGCCUGCAACUGACUGCUGUGAGUGUGGAACAUGAUGGAGAGAAGCGGUUGAAGUCAGGUCAGAGGAAGUAUGCCUGUGAACUCACACUGGACCCAAACACAGUAAACAGUAAUCUCUCUUUGUCCACGGACAACAGAAGAGUGACAGAGGUGAUAGAGAAGCUGCCGUACGCCGACCAUCCAGAGCGAUUUCAGCACUGGAAGCAGGUUCUGUGUCGAGAGGGUUUGACAGGGCGCUGUUACUGGGAGGUGGAGUGGGAGGGAUGGGUUAAUAUUGGAGUGGCGUACAAAGGAAUCAAGAGGAAAGGGCAGGAUGACGACUGCUGGAUUGGUCAGAAUGAAAAGUCUUGGAGUCUGCUGCGCUGUGAUAAUAAGUUCUCCGCCUGUCACAAAAACAGGAGAGUGGUCAUACCCAUCCACUCCUCCUUCGACUCCGGCCGAGUAGCUGUGUACCUGGACUGGCCUGCCGGCACUCUGUCCUUCUACAGGGUCUCCUCUGACACGCUGACCCACCUUCACACCUUCCACUGCACAUUCACUGAACCUCUCUAUCCUGCUUUCGGGACUGAGUUAAAGUGUGAAUCAUCAGUUUCUCUGUGUCAGAUAUAG